AUGUCUGAAGCCAAUAAGGAGGAGAUCGAGAAGUGCAAGCAGAUUGCGCAGGCGGCCUUAGCAGGAGGAGAUGCAGAAAAGGCCUCUCGCUUCUUACAAAAGGCCAAGCGCAUGUGUCCAACGGACACGUCUAUCGAUGAGCUGCUAGCUCAGGCUGCAGCUGGCGCGAGCGCGCCGCCCAGCAGCCCUGGUGCGGCCUCGCCUCCCCGCCACGCGCGGAGCGAGCCCGAUCUGGGCAGCGGGGUCCGGCACCGCACAGCGGCGAGCAGCGCGCCCACCAGCGGACCCAGCAACGUGCGAACCACCAAGGAUGGCAAGCAGUACACCUCCGAGCAGAUGCAGUUGGUGCAACGCAUCCUCCGCACUAAGGACUACUAUGACAUCCUUGAGGUUCCUAAAAAUGCCAGCGAGGAGGCCGCAAAGAAGGCUUACCGGAAGCUCGCCUUGAAACUCCACCCGGACAAGAACCAUGCCCCGGGCGCAGAUGAGGCCUUCAAGAAGCUCUCGAAGGCCUUUCAGUGCUUGACGGAUCCGGAGAAGAAGCAAGUCUACGACACCUACGGCGAUGAGGAUCGCAUGCCCCAGCAGCAGCGGCAUCACUACCAGCAGGACUUCAUGACCCCAGAGGACCUUUUUGCUGCCUUCUUCGGCGGUGGCCCCGCCUUUCACCAAGCUCACCAUGGGCGGCACCAUCACCACGACGAGGGGCAGAUGCAACGCGUGCAGAUCUUCCAAGCGCUGCCAGUGCUUUUGUUGGUGCUUUUGACCUUGGCCUCCAACUUUGCUAAAGAUGGUGGGAGCAAGUUUUCCUUUCAGCCGAACAACGCCUACCGGAACGAGCGCACCACCGCCAUGCUGAACGUGGCAUACUAUGUGACGGAUGACUUUGAGGAACACUAUUCUGAAGGAACGAAGAACUUGGCAGAGUUCGAUCGCCAGGUUGAGAUCUACCAUGUGCGCACCUUGCAUAGCGAUUGCGACUACCAGGAGAAGAAUCAGUACAAGAAGGUCUUAGCGGCAAAGCGAAGAGGCAGCCAAGAAGACCUUCAGGCUGCGCGAAACCUCCCGCGGCCCGCAUGCAAGGACGGCAGACGGGGCGACUAA